AUGUACGCAGCCGCCAAUCAGACGCCAGUGCAGGCGCAGGGCAAAACGGCCUCCGAAACGGGCACUGAGGGCGCAGACAGCCUCAAGCCAUGUGCAUCCUCCGCCGAGUUGGACAAGCUGGACGACGACGACUUGAAGGAGCGGGAGAUCCUUAUCUUGGGCAGAGAGUCGAGGUCACAUCUCUCGCUUGUGUCGGAGAACAGUGCUGAGAACCGGAGACUGGCAGCGGAGGUGCGGAGUCUACAGCAGAACCUUCCUGCGGUGACGCUGACGUACCCGGACUCGAGUCUCCGCAGCCCGGCUCCUCCGGUCUCUGCAGACGGCAAGAUCUUCUACUUCGACAUCGACAACUGCUUGUACCGGCGGUCGACAAGGAUCCACGACCUCAUGCAGAUCUACAUCCACCGAUAUUUCAAAAAGCACUUGCAUUUGAACGACAAGGAGGCGCACCAGCUCCACAUGUCCUACUAUAAACAAUACGGGUUGGCCUUGGAGGGGCUCGUGAGGCUGCACAAGGUGGACGCAAUGGAGUACAACCGGGUGGUGGACGACGCAUUGCCGUUGGACAAGAUCUUGACGCCGAACCCGAAGCUAAGACAGCUGCUCCUGGACAUGAAGAGGUCGGGCAAGGUUGAACGGCUCUGGCUCUUUACCAACGCGUACAAGAACCACGCGUUGCGGGUGAUCCAUUUGCUAGGGUUGGGCGACUUGUUCGACGGGUUGUCGUACUGCGACUACAACGAGUUCCCCUUGAUCUGCAAGCCCAUGGAGCUCGCCUUCGAGAAGGUGUUCAAGGAGUCCGGAGCGGUGAGCAAAAAGAACAUCUACUUCGUGGAUGACUCCGAGAUCAACGUGAAGGCGGCACGCAGAUUUGAUUGGGGGAAAAUCAUCCAGUACGUCGAGCUGAACUCCGACUUGCCCGACGACCUGAACGCCUAUCCGGCACUGGACAUCCACAUCAUCAGGUCCAUUCUAGAUUUGAGGAAAGUUUGUCCCGAACUAUUUUGA